AUGGUUCGUUCAAAUUUGUACUUACAGACAGCGGUUGCCAUCUUAACAGUGAUUAAGCGUCCAUCCGUGGAGCCCCACAUCCUCCUCGUGACGCAAUUCCGUCCUCCGGUGGGAGCAUGUGUUGUUGAACUUCCUGCGGGACUUGUGGACGCAGGUGAAGAUGGAGAUGAAGGUGCAAAGCGUGCGGCCUUGCGUGAGUUGGAAGAAGAAACGGGCUACGGAGCUGCAUCGAUGCCCGGCGCUACAGUUUCAGUUCAAUCACUGAGCGAUGUCAUGUACAAUGACCCAGGUCUCACCGGCGCGAACAUGAAGCUAUGUGUCAUCCAUAUUGAGCUAUCUGAUGAUGCAGCAGAACCAAUCGCUCGUCCAGAUGAAGGCGAGUAUAUCGACAAGCACCUUGUGCCACUAGCUUCUCUUGUCUCACAACUGCAAGGUACGUACAACAAAGACGGCAUAGCUUAUGAUGAAGCAUUUAAAAAGCAAGGAUAUGAGGUGGAUGCGCGGUUGUCGCACAUAGCUGCGGGCAUUGAAUUGGGCUCAGGUCUCGUGAAGAAUAGCCGCAGUACGUGA